AUGGCCGACAUCAGCGACCGCCUCGAGGUCAAGGUCGUGUCGGCCCGGUCGCUCAGCGAGGUCGAGGGCGGCGAGUGCAACCCCUUCGCCGUCGCGCGCUGCGGCUCCGAGUUCGGCCAGACGCUGGUCGCGAACCGGACGACGGACCCCGAGUGGCAGUCGUCGACGAUGAUCUUCGUCGACAUCGCGGAGAACGACGUGGACCACAUCGUGCUCAACGUCAUGCACAAGAACCUGAGCGCCCAGGCCGACGUGGACCUCGGCGCCGCCAUCGUCGACCUGCGGACCGCGAUCCUCUCGCCGGGCAUCGAGACCGACGAGUGGUACGCGCUCCAGCGGGCGCCGGGCAUGGACCAGCCCGCGACGGGCCGCGUGCGCGUCGAGAUGACCUACUUCGUCUCCGAGGGCGACGACGUGCUGCCGUCCGACGACGACGACGACGACGACGACGACGAGGACCGGAGCCCGAACAUGUUGGUCGGCACGAUCGUCCGCGGCCGCCACCUCGAGGUCGAGGGCCGCGAUCUCGUCGACGCCUACGCGACGGUGAAGAUCGGGGCCCACAAGGCCCACACGUCCGUCGUGCGGCGCAACAACGGGCCCCACUGGGACCAGCAGUUCAAGCUCCCCGUCUCCGACGGGUCGCUGUCGAUCUCGUUAAAGGUCAAGAACAAGGGCGUGCUCGGGAACCGCCUCAUCGGCGGCUGCGUCGUGCCCAUGGUCGAGGUCGCGGCCCACGGCGAGCCGGGCUACACGCGCUGGUGCCGCCUGGACGGGCCCCACGGCCUCGUGGGCGACGGCAACCGCGGCGACGUCGAGGUCAUAUUGGCGUGGCGCUACGACGCGAAGUACGCGCGGUCGCUGAGCCGCCUCCUGAGCGGCGCGGGGGCCCUGGUGUCCGGCGUCGGCUCCGUCAUCGGCGGCAUCGGGUCCCUCGCGGGCGCGGGCCUGGAGAUGUCGCGGAAGACGCAGGCGCCGCGCGAAAAAGCGACGGACCGCGACGAGGAGAACGCGUGGAUGACCGCCGACGAGGAGUUCGCGCCGCUGAAGCUGAGCUCCAAGGAGCAGGAGGAGCUGGAGGAGCGGCGCGAGGCCGGCGUCAUGAUGGCGGACCGCCGCAUGGACGAGCUCGAGCGCGAGCGCGACUCCGCGAUGCGCCCGGGCAACUACCAGGUGCUGGGCCGCGUGAAGAAGUCGCGCGUCGUCAAGAAGUGCACGUCGUGCGUCUUCGACGACACGUUCUACUUCAACUUCAAGGAUCUCUCGCGGUCGGCCAUCGAGGAGGCGACCAUCGACGUCAUGGUCUACGACUUUGACGUCUUCAGCGCCCACGAUUUGAUCGGCAUGGCGUCCUUCGACGCGAAGAAGAUCCACGAUUUGGAGGCGCACGAGUACUACCGGCAAUGGGUCGGUUUGGUGGACAACCUCGACACGGGCGACAACGGCUACCAGGGCUUCCUGAAGCUCUCCGUGACCGUGUUGGGCCCCGGCGACGACCAGAAGGCCCACGACCUCGACGCGGAGUACCAGCGGGAGCUCGACGCGGAGAUGGACGAGGGCGAACUGGGCGGCAUGGCGCUCAGCGGCCCGUCCGUGGACUCGAAGCUCACGUUCCUCGUGGUCUACGUCUGGGAGGCCGAGGAUCUGCCCCCCAUGCACGCGUCCAUCUUCUCCGCGGGGGGCAUCGAGGCCUACGUGCGCGUCGACGCCGCGGGGAGCCGGUGCUCGACGUCGGCGGUCCGCGUCCGCGGCAAGGGCAACCUCGCGCCCGAGUUCCGCGAGGAGCUCUGGCUGCCCGUCACGGAGCCCACGGAGGCGAAGCGUAUUACGGUGGGGCUCUGGGACUACAGCACGUUCACGAAGGACCGGCCCGUGGCGCACGUCUACUUCGACCUCGGCGAGGUGAAGCGCAAGGACGACAAGCCGUCGUCGAGCUCCUGGACGACGUCCCUGUUCAAGGGCGCGAAAUACACGGGCCCGCGGCCCCGCUGGCACAACCUGUACGGCGCGCCCCUGGGCAUCCAGGGCCGGCGCGGCGCGCUGCAGAACCGCUACGGCAACGAGGCGACGACGUACCGGGGCCGCGUGCUCCUGUCCAUGGAGCUCAUGACGCGGCCGUCGUCGCGGGAGAAGACCGUGUCCCACCGGAAGAACUUCCACUUCAAGCCGACGCCGGGGUUGAAGCCCGCGACGGCGCGCUACCAUUUGCUGGCGCUCGCGGUCAUGGGGACCGAAAUCCCGACGUUCCGGUCCGCGGGCUUCGGGGGCACGGCGAAGAUGAAGCUCGUCGUGGCCAUCGGCAACCACCGCCUCGACUUCGCCUUCGAGCCGAACAGGCGCGGCGUCGUGACGUGGAACGCGCUCCAGUCGCUCCGGGGCGUCGAUUUACCGGUAUUUCUGGAGGAGAUCCCCGACGUCUGCCUCUACCUCGUCCGGGGCCCGCCGAAGGUGGUCACGGUCUGCUACGCGCGCAUCCCCGCGGCGCGCCUGCUCAAGGAGCAGCUCAAGAGCGACCCGAGGUGGGAGCUGCUCAAGCCCGACGCCGCGCGGUCGAAGAACCACGGCGGCGUGGCUUUGACCGCGAACCCCGGCGCGGUGCUCCUGCAGCUGGGCCUCGGCCUCUCGGAGGACGCCGUGGACCCGGACCUGAACAUGAACUGGCAGGAGGCGCCCCUGCUGAAGAAGGCGGAGACGCUCAAGCCCUAUUGUUUGCGGGUCUACGUCUACCAGGCGCGGAACCUGCCGGCGUCGGACGAGAACGGGCUCCUCGACCCCUACGUCAAGGUGCGCUUCUGCGGCAAGAAGGAGAAGACCAAGUCCCAGGCCAUGACGACGGCGCCCCUCUGGUACGAGACGCUCCAGUUCCACGAGAUGCUGCCGUCGGACCCCAAGUUCGGGCCGGACGUCGUCCUCCAGGUCUGGGACAAGGACACGUUCGCGUCGAACACGGCCAUGGCCCUCAUGCGGCUGCCCCUCGUGGAUUGUGCUUUGUUGUCGACGGAGAGCGCUAGGCCGCCGACGCCGAAGUGGCACGUCCUGACGGACAUCAACGGCGAGGACGUCGGCGCGGAGCUUUUGGUCGCCGCGGCGCUCAUCGAGAAGCGCGACCUCAACGAGAAGUUCGACCGGCCCAUGUCCAUCGUGCCCCAGAUGCGCGUCGCCUGGGUCGAGGUGACCUGCGUCGGCGUGCGCCAGCUGAAGACGCACCGGCUCCGGACGCCGCGCGAGCCCUACGUGCGCUGCGACGUGCCGGCGCCCGACGACGGCGGCGGCACGUUCAAGACCAAGGCGUCGCGGCAGCCGUCGGGCCGCAACGCCAACUUCCUGAGCCGCCACGUCAUGUCCGUGGAGAUGCCCGAGAACGCCGUCUUCGCGCAGUGCAUGGAUUUGCGGGUCUACGACGCGCGCGUCGGCCUCACGACGGGCCUCCAGUCGCCGUUGCUCGGCGCGACGUCCGUGGACCUGUCGACGAAGAUGUCCUGGAACGGCGAGGGCUACGUGCCGCCCCAGAUGGAGCUCUUCGAGGACUCGGACGCGAAGCGGCGCGCGGACGAGCGCGAGGAGGAGGAGCGGGCCAAGGCGGCCGCCGCGGACGCGGAAGACGAGGAGGAGGAGAACGACGGCGGCGCGGGCGCCGGGUCCGUGGGCAUCUCCUUCGGGGGCGGCGACGACGGCGACGCCAACGAGGAGGACGACGACCUCAACGACGGCGAGGACGUCGACCAGCACGAGUUGGAAAGAAGGGGCCUCGUCGAGGCCAAGGGCGCGGCGCCCGCGCCGACGCACGACCCGGGCACGGGCGCCUUCGACCCCAUGGCGCUGAGCGACCUGCCCAUGAUCUACGAGGAUCUGCUCUACGAGGAGGAGCAGGAGCGGCUGGCGCAGGAGCUCGCGGCGCAGGACGCGGCCGCGGACAACGAGAUCACGUUCCUCGACAUGGUCGAGGCGCGCCUCGCCAACGCGACGGACGUCAACGCCCUCGUCGACGGCGACGUCCACUACAAGAUGAGCGAGCUGCCCAUCGCCUUCCCGAACCAGUGGGCGGCCGCGGACUACAUCGCGGGCCGCGAGUGGUGGAUGGACGACCGCGGCGGCACAGAGCUCGAGAACUACCUCAAGACCAAGCCCUUCGAGACCUACCCCGUCUACCGCGGCAAGUACCACCCGAACCCGUCCAAGUCGACGCGGCGGCCCGUGGGCCUCUUCAAGGGCAUCAUCCGCGUGCUCGACAGCGACCCGGCGUUCGAGGAGGAGCCCUUCUUCCCCAUGAAGCUGCUGCGCGCGACGCCCUACACGGUGCGCGUCUACGUGAUCCGCGGCGUCAACCUCCAGCCCGCCGAGGGCGUGUCCGCGGACCCCUACCUCCGCGUGAAGCUCGGCAGCGAGGUCGACGACCGGUCGAAGACCCACCGGCCGCGGACGUUGAAGCCCGACUUCUACGAGACCUUCGAGUUCCGCACGGUGCUGCCCGGGCCGGCGACUUUGAAGGUCCAGGUCAAGGACUGGAACCGCUUCUACCCCAUCCACGAGCUCCUCGGCGAGACCAAAAUCGACCUCGAGGACCGGUGGUUCCACCGCGAGUGGCAGUCGCUGGACGAGAAGAAGGAGGGCACGACGAACCCGCUGAAGCCCAUCGAGGUGCGGGGCCUGCGCACGGACACGAACCCCGUCGCCCAGGGCCAGGUCCACAUGUGGCUGGAGAUCCGGCCCGAGCACGAGACGCGGCGCGAGCCGGCCGUGCACCUCGAGGGCCCCGAGAAGAUGAAGUUCGAGGUCCGCGUCAUCUGCUGGAAGUCCAAGGACGUGCCCUUCGAGAUGGGCGACUACUUCGCCGAGUUCUGGAUCGGCCAGUCCCGCAAGCAGAAGACGGACGUCCACUGGCGGUGCCGCAACGGCAAGGCGAGCUGGAACUGGCGCGUCAAGAUCCCCGUCGAGCUGCCGCUCGACUCGCCGGAGAUGGGGCGCCUCAACAUCCAGCUCUGGGACCAGGACAUCAUCAAGUGGAACGACGUCAUCGGCGAGUGCCAGGUCGACCUCUACCGCUGGUUCCUCAAGGCCUACCACGAGAAGCGGAGCGUCAACGUCUUCAAGGCCAUCAACGAGGCCAUCGAGCGCAAGAAGGCCGAGGAGAUGGGCCUCGCGACGGAGUCGGACCUCGAGGACGACGACGACGACGACGGCGGCGACGACGACGAGGGGUCGUCCGAGGGCGAGGAGGAGGGCGCGGAGGGCGACGACGGCGACGGCGGCGGCGGCGACGGCGAGGAGACGAAGGAGGAGAAACCGGAGGGAGACGAGGCCGAGAAGGAGGAGGGCGAGGAGAAGCCCCUGCUCGACGAGGCGAAGAAGAAGGAGGACAAGGACGAGAAAGAGGACGACGACAAGGACGACGGGCCCAAGCCCGUGGACGCCGGCGACAAGGACGCCGCGUACUUUGUGAAGCAGUUCAAGGACUUCAUCGGCCUCGGCGAGAUCGACGACACGGCCCAGUGGAUCAAGAUGACCAUCAACGACCGCAAGCGGAAGCGGCUCCUCACGCGGGGGAGCCUCGCCAUCACCAUCGAGAUCCUGCCCGAGGACGAGGCGGGCGACCGGCCCGCGGGCCACGGCCGGACCGAGCCGAACGCGAACCCGUACCUGCCGCCGACGACGGGCCGCAUGUCCUUCUCCUACAACCCGCUGGCCAUCUGCUCGGCGCUGCUGGGGCCCAAGCUCGCCUUCCAGAUCAUCUGCUGCCUCUGCUGCAUCCUCAUCCUCGUCGCCAUCGGCUUCCUCGGCAUGUACUUCACGUCCUUCUACACGCUCAUGCAGUCCCUGGGGCUCACCGGCGGGUCCUCCUCCUCGACGACGACGGACUAACGGUGGGCGUGU